GAGCGCAGCCAGCAGGUGCUGCCGCUGCGGUACCGCCGGCAGCCGCCGCAGCCCAUCCCCGUGGAGGCGCUCUGCGAGUACGAGGGCGAGCAGGGCCAGAUCAGCCGCGGAGCGCACUACACCCUGCAGAGGAACAGCGGAGACCUUUGGGAGGUGGCCGACAGCGCCGGCGACACCAUCAGCGCCCCCGGGGUCUGCUUCAUGAUCCCCCCGCCCGACCCAGAAGCGAUAGCCCUGGCAGAGCAAAUUGCCAAGCACUACGUGGCCGUGAAGGAGAAGACCAACAACUGCAAGAACGUCCUCCAGCAGCGCUAUGAGGGGCUGAAGGCAGACAGCAUUGGAGAUGCUGCAUCAGUUCGGGGCCGCCAGCUCCUGGCAGGGCUGGAGAAAGUCAACAGUGACCUGGACAAGCAGGAGAAAGCAAUAACAGCGAACCUGCGGCCGCCCCUGGAGCAGAGCCGGGCCGUGCAGGACAGCACCGAGCGCUCCAAGGACCUCAAGAACAUCACCAACGAGGUGCGGCGCAUCGAGCCGGAGAAAAGCAGGAAGGUCCAGGAGUGCGAGGCCUUCAUCGAGUCCGUGCCCAACACGGGCAGCGCCAGCCUGGUGAGGAGCAAGGUGGAGAACACCAACAGGAAGUACGAGCGCGUGGUGCAGCUGCUCAGCGCGGCCCAGGAGAAAGUGGAGGUGGCCACAAACCUGGAGAGGAGCCUGCAGCAGGGCCGAGACCUGCUGUCAAGCUAUGAGAACAAGCUGGUCAUCGAUGACACAGUGCCGGAGGACUUGAGGGUGGUGGACAGGAAGAAGGAAGAGCUGCUGGCCAUGGGCACUGAGCUCCAAUCCAAGAAGUUCCUGCUCAGUGAAGCCGAGCAGAACCUGCAGAGGACCAAGACAUGCUCCAACACCCUGGCCAGCAAGUUCCAGGAGCACUGCCCCGACAUCGAGCGCCAGGAGGCAGAGCUCUACAAGCUCAACCAGCGCUUCAACAACCUCAGCAAGCAGAUCGACCACAG